AUGACGGACUCCAACCCUGUGCCUGAUGCUCAGGAUAUACAGAGGCGUAUGCUAGCUGUAGCUGAUGCCCGCGCAGCCACCAGCGAUCAGCCGCCUGCCUCCGCAUCUGCUGAUAUCACUAUGCAAGACUCGAAUGCGACGACCACUAUCGACUCUCCAACAAAGACUUGGUCGCUGCACGUUCAGCUUCUGCCACACAUGAGUGCGGAUCAGCUCGCAUUGGCUUUGACCACCCUCAGCAACUCCGACUUCCAACAGACCAUCACCUCUGAACGUUUAGAAACCCCAGAUGCCGACCUCGUUCUCCAUCUUUACGACGUUGUUCUCAAGUCUCUAGACAUCAAAGAGCAGCUUUCCGCACUAGAGCAAACACGUCAACAGUCCGAGUCGACGCUGGCUUUCGCCCGAGAGCGCAGUCAGGAGCUGGAGCAAGAAGUGGAGAAGGAAAGGACAGCUACGCUCGAAGCUACGCGAUUCAAAGACAGCUUGCAGACCGAGGUCGUCAAUCUCCAGGGUCAGGUUGGCUCCCUGCAGACUUCGCUCGACAAUGAGAAGCGCGAGCACGAUGCUGCCAGGACUCGAAGCGCAGAGUUGGCCACAGAGCUAGCAGCUUCCCAGACAGAGACGGCGGCGCUCAAGGCUGAGCUCGAAAACGAGCGACGAGCCAAGGAACAAGUCACGAGCGAAAAGGAUCGACUGUCCGCUGAGCUUGUCGGCGUCAGUGCUCAGCUCACCACCCUCAAGAACUCGACGGAGAACGGCGUCCGACAGGCUGCCGAGGUACGCGGCCGUCUUGACCAAGCAGAGCAGGAGAAGCGCGAUAUUCUCGCUAGUCUUCAGCGCGAACGCGAAGAAAGCACUCGCAAGGCCGAGGAGAUCGACAAUCUGCUUUCACGCAACCGCGACGCUCGUCAAGAGAUCUCUCGUCUGUCUACCGCAGUGCAAGAAUCACGCAGCCAGGAGAACAUUGCCAAGUUCAAGCUGCAGGGUCUAGAGCAAGAGGUUCAGCUCACAAAGAAGGGUGCGGAAUGGGCCCACGAACAGCUUCGCAAGCUCAGCGAGUCUUCUGCCGCCUUUCGCGCCGCUAAGCGUGCUGAGCUUAGCCGCGUUCAGGCCGAUCUCGACAACGCUCGCCAGGAAGCUUCCGUCGCUCGCUCCAAGGUUGAGUCCCUUCAGUCUGCCUACAAUGAGACCAGCAACAAGCUCAGUCAGGCCACGGAUAGGGUCGUUCAACUUCAGAGCCGACUUGCAACACAAGAAGACUCUUUCCGCUCUGAAGUUAGCAGCCAGAGUCAGCUCGUUAACCUGCUCGAGAGACGCGCUGAGCACGCCAAUCAGCGUAUCGCAGAUCUUGAAAAACAGUGGGAGGAGGUUCUUGAGCAAUGCCGUGCUCGUGAGGAAGCGGCUUGGGCCGAGACGCAGAAGGAGGCUCAGCUACGAGAAGCUGUCGAAAAGGAGAAUCAAGAGCUUUCUGAGGCGCUGGACCGUCUUGCCGAAGGCGUUGGCAUCGGACAGGGUCGGCGUGAGAAUGGUGACAGCAUCCUUGAUCAAACGCUCGAUGCCAUGAGCGACGCUGGACAUGACUUUGAUACCCGCAGCACGGCGUCCACCCCUCGUCGCCACGGACUCAUGGGGACCGCCGCCUCUUUCAACAACAGCUUCGGAAUCUCUCCAAUUGCCGAAAUCGCCAAUCGCAUCCGCAAAUCUGGCAAGAGCUUCAGCCAGAUCUACAUGGAGCUUGCCAAGACGCGAGAAGAGCUCCGACGAGAGAGGCUCGAGACCAAUCGCCUCACUUCUGUCCUCGCUCAGGUCAUGGACGAGCUGCAAGAAAGAGCGCCCGAGCUGCAAGCUCAACGCGAAGAGACUGAGCGUCUCGCUGCCGAAAAUCAAGAAAUGGUCGCCCAAGUUGCCACUGCAUCGCAGGAGCGCGACACAGUGCAGGCGGAAGCGAAGCGUCUCAAGCUGGAUCUGGACCGCAUCACUCGCGAAAAUGGGUUCAUGUCGCAGCAGCUCGCCGAUUUCGGACGUCAAGUGCGUGAACUCACGAAAGCGAUCAUCGUGCGCGACAACCAAGGGGCUGCCGCUCGCCUCGAGGAUGAUGGCAGCUUUCUCGCCGAGCUCGACGCGAUUGCUCCCCUUCCAGAAAGCUUGCCCGAAUCCGACACCCAAGCUGUCAUCACCAACGAGCUCGUGACCUUCCAGUCGCUCACCGAGCUUUGCAGCCAAAAUGCUCGACUUUUGCAGGUCAUCCGUCAACUCGGCGCCAAGAUGGAGGAGGAGGAGCGCAACUACAAGGCACGUCUUGCCGAAGAUCAGGACGAUGCCGUCAACGAAGCACGCGACCUCAUCAUUCGCCUCGAGGACGAGGUUCGUCAGGAACGCUACAAGGUGGAAGAGAUCAGCAAGGAGCGCGAUCUCUUCCGUCAGCUUUGUGCCACCGGAGGCCGCAAGACGGAUGGCAAAGAUGGCGAGGAUACCGCUGCAGGCGGUCCUAUCUCGUCGGCAGUACCUGUCAUCAGCUCUGGUCUGCCGCUAGCCGAGUACGAAGCAUUGCGAAGCCGCCAUGAACGCUUGAAGAAGGACACCGACGCUGAGAUCGCUCGAUACCGCGAAGAGGUGCGCUCGCUGCAAGUCGAGAUCAGCAAGACGACGGUGACGUCGGCUCGCGAGCAGGCUCUCCGUCAAGCUGCUGAGGACAAGUACGCCAACCUGCAAAGGACCUUCGAAUUGACCAAGGCUGAUCUCGACGAGCUCACCAAGCGUACUUCCCAAUUGCAGGAGAACCUUGCACGCAAGGAUGCUGCGGCACAAACCCUGGAGGAGCAGCUCAUCCAAACUCGCUCCAGCCUCGAGCAGCUACGCACGCAAGUCUCGAACCUGCAGGCUGAAAAGGAUCUCCGAAAGUCUACGGAGGACAAGCUGCUCGAAGAGAACCAUGCCAUGCAAAAGGAGCGCAACAAUCUGCAAGAGCUUGUUCGCACUACUCAAGUGAUGCAAUCCGAGCUCGAGCAGCGCGGUCGGGAUGCCAAGGCACGCCUGGAGCAGGACGUCAAGAGGCUCGAUGAGAUCAACGAAGAUCUCCGUAGUCGUCUUGCCGCUGAGCAAAAUCUCUACCGCCAGCUCAGCCUCCGUCGCGAAAUCGAAACCAAGGACCUGCAGAGCCGCAUCGACCUUUCUAGCUCCGAACUCAGCAACGCGAGGGAAGCCAUCGCUAUCGCGCGCACCAGCGCUGAUCACACUCAGCUUCGCGUCGAGGACCUCACCAGGCAGCUCGAAUCGACCAAAGAGAAGCUCGCAAUCUAUGAGCGCCGCGAUCAAAUCUCUCGCGACCCUGUUGCAUUCCGUGCUCAGGUCAAUGUCGAGUUAUCGAGGGAGGAGCAGCUUGAGAUCGAGCUUGCUGAUCUUAAGGCUGGUCGCGCUGCUGCUCAGCUCGAGGUACGCAAGAGCAAGCUCGAAGUGGAACAGGCGAAUGCUGCUGUCGCCGAGAAAGAGGCUGCUCUGUCUGCAUUGACGCAAGCGCACGACCAGCUCAAGGCAUCUACUUCCGCGGACCUCGCUGCCAAGGUGGCCGAACUCGAAGGUCUGCAAAAGCAAUUCGCAAUAUCUUCGUCAGAGCUCUCCGCAGUGCAGCUGCAGCUGCAAGAGCUGCAGAAGCAGCUUGAGACAGAACGAGCCGCUUUCAAAGAGGAGAAAAGGUCGCUGGAAGAUGCCAUCACAGAGCUUGGCACUGUCGAGGAGCGGGCACGUGCUGAGCAGGAAGACGUCAAAGGUGAGAUCCGCAAACAUGUUCAGGCUACCAAGGAGGCACAGCAAAAGCAUUUUGAGCUAGCCAAGAGCGUUGAAACCCUCACCACUGAUCUCGCUGAGGUUCGGGAGCAGCUCAACAAGGCUCGACAAGAAGCAGGCGCACUGCGCAGCUCCAAGGAUCUGGCAGAGGCUGAAUGGGGCCGAGAGAAGGCCAGUUGGGAUGCUGUGCAACACGCUCUGGAACGCGAGAAGACCGACUUGCAGCGCCGCAUCGCAGACUUGACUACCCAGAAUCAGAUCCUUCACACACAUCUGGAGACGAUCAACGCACAGGCCAAUCAAAUCCGCCAGGCUGCAGCUGCUCCUUUGCCCUCUGUCAAUGUUGACAUGGAGUUGGAGCAAGCUAGCACUGCCUUGCCCGCCUCGAGUGAUCCGGCACGAUCCGCGGUUUCUGAGGCUGCUGCUCUUGCCACUGAGACAGCAGCGACUGGCGAAGCGCCCGCCGCCGCGCCAGCACCAGACGGUGAAGCCGCAACAACAGGACCAGCCGCCACUGAAGCUUCUCCAUCCGUCGAAGCCAAAAAGGAGGAAUCAAGCACUUCUGGUUUUGAAUUGGCGCAUUCGCUCAUGAAGCGUCGAGUCGAGGAGCUGCACGAAGUUGUCAACUUCCUGCGCCGCGAGAAAGAGAUCGUCGAUUUGCAGAUGGAGCUCAACAAGCAGGAGACCUCGCGUCUCAAGCAAACACUCGAGCACGUCAACAAGACUCUUGCAGACACAAGAACCGAGCUUAACACCGAGCGGACCAAGAACAACACGUCGACACAAAGCUCCACGCAGCAUGCAGAACUUCUCGAGAAGAUCAGCCAGCUCAACGAGCUGCGCGAGAACCACAACACUCUUCAAGAGGCCGCUAAUCGCGCAAAUGCUCGCAUCUCGCAGCUUGAAUCAGAGCUGAAGAACGCCAACACCGAGCUCGAGCCGGUCCGCAAACAGCUGCGUAGUGCUCAGAUUGACCUCGAAGCAUCGCAGGCGGAGUUGAACGUCUUGCGCGAGGACAGCAAGCGUUGGCAGGCUCGUGCUCAGUCGCUCCUACGAACUCACGGUAUCAACGAAGAGAUGCAAAAGGUGGAGCAACAGCGCGCGGAGGCACAUCAGAAGAUCGAGGAGAUGCAGAGCAAGCUGCAAGAGAAGGAGGCAGAGCUGGAAACCACUAAGGCUGAGGUUGUGACGAAGCAAGCCAACUUCGACAAAUUGAGGGAGCAGGUCCGAACUCGUAUCGCGGCGGAGCGAAAGUCGGUUGCCGAGUCACAAGAGAAGUACGUGGCGCUUCAGAAAGAGAAGGACGAAGACGCGGCCAAGUUCAAGGAGGUGAUCGCUACGCAUGAGGUCAACAUUGCCCAGCUCACCUUGGAGAGGGACGCCCUCAAGCAGCAGCUUGAACAGGCUCAAGCUUCUGCAUCAACAGCACCAACUACCGAAGGUGCCAGCGCAUCUACUGCCGUUUCACAAAACACUGCAACAGAGACUGCUGAUGCAUCUGUCACGGAUAGCGGAGCUGCUGGUGUUUCGUCAGCCGAUCAGCAGGCAGCUAUUGAAGCAGCUGUUGCUGAAGCUCAGAAGCAAUUUGACGAAGUCAAGGAAAAGCUCGAGAAGGAGAAGGCUGAGAUGGAGGCUGCUCGCGACAAGCACCUGCAGAAAGGCAAGGAGUUCCUGAGGAAUAUGCGCGCUGCUGAAGCCGAGGUCAAGCAACGUGACGAGACGAUUGCGCAACUCAAGACCGAAUUUGCAGAGAACAACGCAGAGGCAAUUGAAAAAGCUGUUCAGGCACGUCUCGCAACCGGCACCACUUCCGGUGCCAACGUGGAUGUCGCAACACUACAGGCUUGCGUUGCUGAGCUUGAAGCCAAGCUGACAGCAGCCGAGACGAGGAUCCGCGAACUUGAAGCACAGCUAUCCUCUGGAGACACGGCUGACGUCGCUCAGCUCAAGGCCAAACACGCCGAGGAGCUCCGCCAACUUAAGACCGAUCUUGAGAUCAAGUACGCACAGAACCCACCCACGGCUUCCGCAAGCGCUGCGGAAGGCGACGUCGAAUCGCGAGUCCAACAGCGGCUCAAGGCACUCGAAGACAAACGCGAGGCUGCUGUGCAAGACGCCAUCGUUUCGGCAGUUGCAGUUCGUGAAGCCGAGCUCAAGGCCCAGUAUGAUGAGAGUGCAAAAGCACGCUUCGAGGCAGGCAAGAACGAGGCCAACCUCCGCAACACUCUCAUGAUCAAGCAAAAGGACAACAAGAUCGCUAAGCUCACAGCCGAGAUUGCUGCCCUGAAGGGCGAGGAGCCUUCGGCUGCCGCUGCAACUGGUACAGGUGGCAUAGCUCCAACCGGACCUGCAGCAGCCUCGACAAGCGCUUUGCCUGCUCGCCCAGGCGUGUUUGGCAGGGGAGCAGCUCAAGCUGGACGUGGAAACGCAAGGCCUGUCGCACGGCCGAUUCCUACUGGACCCGCCAACGCUGGCGCGACUGGAGCAGCUGCUGCUGGUGGACCCACACCGACUGCAGUAGCUUCUAUUCGUGGAGCAGCAUCCGCUGGCCGAGGCGGAACACGCAUCGCUGCUCCUGCAACACGUGGAGGUCGCGGUGGAGCAGCUGCAGCCCAGGCCGUGGGUGCAAAGCGCAAGCUCUCAGCCCACGGCCUCAACCAAGGCGGACAAGCUGCAGCAGAUGGCGCUGUAGGCGGAGACGGACAAGGAGGGGCCAAGAAGCCAAGAGCAGCUGGAGCUCCGAUUCAAAUUAGGAGGCUACAUCAAGGCGGAGGUGGUAGUGGAGCCAACUGA